AUGCCGUCCAGCGACUCUGACGGCUCUCGUCAGAGUACGGACUCCUCUAUUAAGGCCCAACAUCACCAUUCCGUCUCCGAGGCCGGACGGGCUCUGAGUAUCCCGAUGUGGGACAGCUCAGAUCCUGAUCGGGCUCCUCCCCCACUGCCUCUGAAUCCAGGCAGUCCAAAAACGAGAGCAAGUGCUUCUCCAGGCAUCCAGGCGGCCACGGCGAGUCUUGCAGAAAAGAUGCGCGAAAAUGCCCCCAGCUCAUACACAACAAAUCCUAUGCCCAACAGAUCAUUAUCUCCCGACAAGUCUCUAGUAAAAGGCCAUUACCAUAGGAGGAUGCAGUCCUUGCAGCCCACCAGUGAUACGCGUUCGGAAUUCCGCAAUUACCUCGAGAACAAGUCGCCAGAGCGACGCAUACAGCUGUCACAGCUCGAGUCUAGUGAUAGGUCUAUCGAGAAAAGCCCGACCAGGUCGGGUACAACAUCCACGCAGGACUCUGGUCGCGACUCGCCAUCAUCUCUUUAUGUCUCCAAUCGCUACCUGAUGAAACCUCUCCUAGGCGAAAGCACUCCACCUUCGGCGACAAUGCUCGCAUUACAAAAUAUGCAACUCCCAGGUGAUGAUCCGAAACCUCUACCAGAACCAAAAUCUAUCACUGCCGCACCAACUUUAUCCGAACAAAUCCAGAGUCUUACAAGUAUCGCGACCAGCUUGCAGAAGGAGAUGAGCCAAUUGAGUCGCCGCAGUAAAGAUAACGCAACCGACCUUCUUAGUCUGAAAGCUGCUACCAAUUCUCGUGAUGAAGACAUCAGGAAGAGUAUUAAAGACUUGGCCACCAACAUUACCUCAAAAUUCCUCGACUCCGACAGCGUCACCACAAGGUCAGCGACUUUAGCCUCCACUAAAAGUGGAUAUAGCAUUGAUAGCAAGCCUUACGACACUUCGCCUAGUUCUCGAAAGUCUUACAUGCUUCCACGAAUUCCUAGCCCAGGAAGUUUCACGGCCGCUUUUGAGAAGGAUCGUUCUGGAUCUCCUGCCCCAAUCAGUGAUGGGUCUGCAAGUAUCGCCUUGCUCGAAAAAGUGUUGCGCGAGAUGGCAACAAAAGAGGCACAGGAGAAGCUCUUGGAGCUUGUUGACGAGGUCAAAAUGAGACCAGCCAAAGAUGGAGCCAACAAAGAUGCCGAUGCAACGAUCAGUAAAAUGUUGGAAGAAAUUCUGAACCAUGUUAAAGAGAGUCCUACCAACCGAGCCCUGGUACGAUCUCAUCUGGGAAGUUCAGAGGAGACUUUUAGUCCCGAAAGUACAAGGGCGGGCCCGAUAAUUCUUGGCUACGACUCUUCUACAGAUGUCAGUACUCCUGGCGAGAAAACCGUCAUUAGUGAAGAUGUCAUCAACCUCCUUAGAAGAGUCAAGAAUAGCGUGGCCGAUAGUGGCGGGUUAACAAGCGAGGUGAAAGCUUUGGUUCGUGAACUACGCGGUGAAGUGCUCGGAAUGGGCCGGGAAAUUGGCAGGAAGCUCGAUGAUGCAGCAGCAGCUAAAGGUAAUGAAAGAUCUUCGCAAACCCUAGCAGCUGAUGAAGUUGCGGAAAUUGUACGUUCUGGUCUUGCCGAAUUGAAGGAGCAGAUGUACACUAUGAUCCAGGACCACCAGCAAACUGUCGCCAUGUCUGUUCCGCGUGGUGUUCCUGAGCCUUCAGACUUGUACACUGUUGUUAAAUCUGCUCUUGAAGAAUUCCCUCAAACUCAACAAUCCACUUCUGAUUCCACUACCGAUGGCAUGAGAAAGGAGGAUAUUUUGGACGCAGUCAGGGAGGCAUGGGAAACGUACAAGCCGGAGAUUGAGUUACAAAACUUUGGACUUGAACGAGAGGAAAUUCUUGAUUGCUUGAGUGAAGGCCUCAAGGAUUAUCAACCUAAAAAUGAGGAGGCUGUCACCUACGACCAAGUCCUUGCAGCGGUUCAGGCUGGAAUGCAGAGCUUUGUUCCGCCUCCCGUCGAAGCUUCCCCUGGCAUCACUCGCGAUGAAAUAAUGACAGCGGUUAAAGAAUGUCUCGAGUCCUUUGAGUUGACAAUUCCGGAGCUAAAUAUAACACGAGAAGAUGUAUUUGCUGCCGUAUCCGAAGCGAUGGCAGGCCAGCAACCAUUAUUAGAACAUGCGUCAGCGACUAAAAUCACUCGUGAAGAUGUGUUUGAGGCUGUUCUGGAUGCAAUGGCUCAACGAGAACCUUCAGAUCAGGCAAGGUCUACAAUGUCUCACGACGACAUCUUUAGCGCCGUUGUUGAGGCCAUGAGUGGCCAACGAGAUUUGUAUCAAGGGGAAACACCCUCUGGUAUUACCCGCGAGGAUGUUUUUGAAGCUGUCACAGAAGCAAUUGGUCAACAAUCUUUGUCGCAUGAGGAAACAGGUACUUCAAUUACUCGUGACGAUAUUUAUAGUGCAGUCGUAGAAGCGAUGGCUGGUCAGCGAGCACUACCGCAAGAUGAGGCAAGUACUGCUCUCACCGCCGGAAUGAAUCGUGAUGAUAUCUUCAAUGCGGUUACCGAAGGCCUGGCAGCGCAUCAUGCUGCCACCAAAGAAAUGGGCGAAUCUCACGCAACUCGGGAGGAUAUAAUUCACGUCGUUAACGAAGCAUUCGCUACUCACCCCCACUCUGUCAACGGCCUAGAGCCAGGGCUUACACGGGAUGACAUCCUGAGUGCUAUUGCAGAGGGCCUGACCAGUCAAACUUCCAUCAGCCGAGAAAUAGAACUAAACAAGGAUGAUCUUUUUGAAGCUGUCACAUCCGGUCUUCAAGAAGCAGCAGCUUCCUCUCAUCUCAAUGUCGGCGAACAAGUUUCAAAUCGCCUUCAAGAAUUGGUUCAGGACAUCAAAGACGAAUUCAAACAAUACUCCGCUGCCAACGGCAAAGACACCGAGCAGGUUCUCGAUGCUCUGAAUGAUGGACUCCAGGUUCUACGAGGUGAGAUUGAAUCUUAUGUUGACAAGGCCGCCGAUGUUACCGGGAAGGAGGAAAUAAUUACAACAGUCAAGGAGGGCUUCAGGUUAUUACAAGCAGAUCUCGAACGAACAAUCAACGAGGCUGCCGUCAGUUCUUCCUCUCGCGGUAAUCCUGAUACUCCAGAGCUUCUUGACGCUAUGGAAAAGGAGUUUGAACAUCUUCGAUCAACGCUUGGCAGCCUUCUUAUGCGCAGCGAGUCCACAAAUGACAAAGACGAUAUUCUCGAUGCUAUUCAUGAGAUUUCCAGCGCUAGGAACAAGGAAUCCGAUCCAUUCAAUGUAGUUCAGGCUGUGAAAGACGAGUUUGAAAAUAUUCGCGAAACUAUUGGAAUGAGUGUCGUGAGGUCAGGUCCAACUGACAAGGAUGAAAUAAUAGCUGCUUUGCGCGAAAGCUUCGACAACCUCCAGGCAGAGACUGGCCAGAAACGUGACGGGAAUGAGAGUGUACUGUCUAACACUAGCGAGCUGCUGGAAGCGUUCAAUGAUGGCAUCGAUACGAUUCGAGCGGAUCUCGAUAGGCUACUCAACAAAUCGGAAGAGCAGAGUAGCACUCAAAUUCUCGAAGCACUACAAGAAGGAUUAACAUCCAUCAAAGGAGAAAUGGAGGCUAUGCGAGAGUCACAAAAAGAGUUUGAAGAGACAUCCACUGUCCGAGGCCGCGAAGUUAUGCUUGCCAAUGAAAGUUCCAUUGGCAGUGACAUCGAAAGCUUGAAAGUCUUGAUCACCCAGCUACAGAUAAAGGUUGAAGCGAUAGAGUCCAACCCUGCACCUGCUCCGCCUUCGGAAGAUGCCUUGAAAAAAGAGCAUCUUGACGAAGUUUUAUCGGCUCUCCACGAAAUCCACGGAUCUGUUGCCGAAGUCAGUACUCGUGACAUUCCGGUUGACCCUGAAACUGCCCGUAAGGUCGAUACAGACGCUAUCGAAGCCGUGGUUCGAGACACAGCUGCUAGAAUCGAAACCAUAGACCUUUCCUCGGCCCAGGGUCUCGCCAAGUCAGACCAAAUGCUAGCAUUAGAAGCCCUCGUGUCGGAAUUGAAGGAUGCUGUUGCCGAAGUUUUUACACGGUUAGAAACCGAGGGUCCUACAAAGUCUGAGAUCGGCACACUAGAGACCCUCAUGAAGGAUUUGUGGGUCGCUGUCGAUGAACUCAAGGAGCAAACAAAGACCUCUGAUGAAGAACCAGAACGCCUUGCUAAGGGUGACCUGCAAACAGUGGAGGCUAUGAUAUACGAUGUCAAGAGUAGUAUCGAUGAACUAAAGCUUCCAGAUGUGGAAACUAUGCCAACAAAAUCAGAAAUCGAAGAACUUUCUAGUCUUGUCGCUUCUUUCAAGGAGAAAGUUGACGCAGAGGCAGAGCUUACUGCGCAAGCUUUCGAGGCACGCAAGGUUGAACACGGCGGUCUUGCUGAAAAGAUCGAAGAAGCUAAGAUCGUUGUUUCCGACCUGCGUGAGGAGUUAAAGGAUAAACUGGAAGACAGCCACGAGAACCUCUCGGAACUGAAGACUCUUUUAGAAGGCUUGGCUGUCGCUUCUGACUCCUUCACAACGGUCGAUAGCAUUAAGGAGAUCAAUGACCUCAUAACUAAAGAAUUCGAGCGCGCACGUAAUGAUCAAGAAUCCGCGAAGCUCGAAACAGAAGAACGAGACGCCACUGCUUUAAUCAAGCAAGACGAAAUCCGCGCAGCUGUUGUUGCAGAUAUCGGGACUAAAGUGGAUGAGAAGACUGGCGAGAUCCUUGCCAAGUACGACGAAUUACAAACGGCACUUGAUAUGAAGUUCUCUGAGAGCGAAUCGCGAGAUUUGGCCAAUGCUGAACAUAUGACGAAUACCAAGAGCAUAGCAGAGGACAUCAAGCUGGUGAUUGGUGCUAUGGGAAAUAGCGUUACUGAAGCCUGCGAACGAAUGAGCGAUGAUGCAAAAACGUUCUUUACGAAAGUUCACGAGUCAUGUUCUCAGUUGGAAGAAAUGCACAACCAUAUCAAAGAACAAGGUGAAUCAUCCAGGGCUGAGUUAGAGAAAACUUCUGCAGCGACAGACCGUAUUGAGACCCAGAUCCUUGAAUAUCAUCCUCAAAUUCUAUCCUCCAUCAAGGAUAUUUUGGAAAUUGUCAGCGAGCAUUACAAUCACUCUCAGAAGACGAGUGAAGAACUCAAGACAAAUCUCUCUGCAAUCCCGUCUGCAAUCCCAACACUCCUACCUGCUUUACCUGCUCCGGAACCUCGAGAAGUCAUCGUACCAGAAAAGUAUGAUGACAAAGAACUACAUAGCAAGCUUGACUUGAUUAUGGGUCACACGGAGAGCGCAAGUAAGACAAUGGCAGGCAUUGACAAACUCGAUGAGAUUCAUGAAAAGGUCAUGGGUACAUCGCGAGAGAUCACCGAGAUGGUCACCACCCAGUCACGACUAGUGAUUGAAGAUUAUGAGCGGAAGAAAAGGGAGGCUGAAGAGGCAGCUUAUGCUCUGGAGAAGAGACUUGCCCAGAAAGAAAAGGUCGAGACUGAGAUUAUGACGUUGACUGACGAGAAGGAUUCUCUUCUGAACAUGAUUCAAGCGCUGAAACAUGAAAAGGAGGAAUUAGCUCAGCAGAACCUGAAAAUGAGCAAUGAGUUGUCGGGUCUGACAACGGCGCUUGAAAUACGCCAGCAUGAGAUGGAAGUGUUUGAAGAACGCGCCCAGGGCCUCGAGAAACGAAUCCUGGCAGGUGUCUUCGAUCAUGCUCGUACCAUGAUCUUAAAAGAAACCGGUCGUAACAAGAACAGCAUGAGCCUUAAGAGGGUCUCUAGCUACGGCAGCACGGCUACAAAGAUGAGUCGGAACAGCACCGCCAGUACUGCCAGGGACUCCCGAGUCUUGAUUAGCAGUGGUGUGGAAAUGGCAUUAAAACGACGAACUCUCGCCAAAUCCCCAAGCCAAAAUGGAUCUGUCGUCUCAUCUAACUCCGGCAAGGAACGCAGGAUACUCAGUCUCAGUCAUGUUACUGGGAACAGAGGCUCGGUUGAUCGUCAAAUCACAGCGCAAUCUGCUACUGGAGGGCUGAGCAACCUCAAACGAAGCCAUUCAGUCCGUUCUAAUAUGCCCUCGCGCAAGACCUCCUGGGCCGCGAGAGAUUUAAGCUCUAACAAAGAGAACGAGAACUUGGCUGAGGAAGAGGAAAGAGAUAGUGGUGCCGAAAGCGACACUGGUACUGAACGCAGGACAAGCUACACUGGAACGUACACGGACAGCAUGUCUUACGGAACAGGGAGUACGGUAUCAGCAAACCGCCAGCCUAGCUUUGCUAGCUCAAUCAACGGACUGGUUGCUGAGCACGCCGGGUCAAUUCUUGAGGACGAUGACGAGUACGAAGAAAACGAUAGGUCCAUAUCGGAUCAUUCCGAAAGUGGCUCUGAGAACUCAACGCGCGACGAAAACCAGCAUGACGCCGACGACAACGAAGAUUACCAAACCACAAUUGAUGAGCAAGAGCACCUCGAUGUCAAGGAUCUAAGUGGUGAUGAAUUGUCCGAGCUUGAGCCGCCUCCUGGGUUCAAACAUCCUGGCCAGACCGACAGUGGAAUAGGGAGCGACAUACAUAACCCGCUCAGCGUUGCUUAA